GUAGAACCAUGAUUAAAUGCAGGGUUUGGGGGUUGAAUUUUAUUCGGACCCGCUCACAAACCCACUCUUUGCUCCGUGCAGAAGUGACAGGGCCCGCUGGAUCAGCGCAUUAAUGCACCGAGAAGAAAAAGAAACCAGCACAGCAGAAAAAGGAGCACUCCAACAGGUAGAGAUCACCAGAGCCUAUUUGGCUAAGCAGUCGGACGAGAUUUCACUCCAGCAGUCCGACGUCGUCCUUAUCCUGAAUCAGGAAGAGGGCUGGUAUUUGGGGGAGCGCCUGCGGGACGGAGAGAAGGGCUGGUUCCCGCAAGGCUGCGCCCAGGAAAUCACCAACCGCAACGCCGUCGAACUCAACGUCCAGCGCCUGGAACGGUUGCGCAUCGAGACCGACGUGUGAUGACGGAAUGGGCCCCGUCUCCACCCGCUCGGAGGCCAGAGCACCGGAAGGUACUGUUCAGGGCCAGGGAGUUGCCAAUCCGGAUACCCGGCCGUAUCCUGGACCAAACGAAGAAUCUGGUGUUUUGGUUUUGUUUUGUUUUUUAACAAAUUGGAUCGUAGGAAAACCACUGCCUAAAAUCCAGCUGGAUUGAAAAGCUGCAAAGGAUUCUGAGCGAGGCUUCCCAAGAGCCGGAAGCCAACUCCUGGUCCUGACAGAAAACCCUUUUAUUAAUUGACUGUGAA